AUGACCACUACAAGCACCACUCCCAUCAUAAUUUCUCCUUCCACUUCUGAUAAGAUAGUCUACAAUGAAGAUGAAUACUAUGAUGAAGAUACCUUCUCAAAUCCCACUCCAACUAUCAAUAUCAAGAAUUAUUCAUCACCAUCAUCAUCCAAUAAUAACAAUCGAGUACAACAACAAAAUAGUAGAUCCCUUUCUCCACUCUCCCUCUCACCAAGAAAAACAUCACAUUAUCUUCAUGCCUCUCAAAUUAAAAAUCGAAGAAAUUCAUCACCCUAUUCCGAUGAUGAGUCAAAUUCCUGUAAUCAAUUAGAUGAUGAUUUACUGUUAUUUGACGUGGAGGAUAUAUCUGAUGUGGAUACUCUGAGAAAUACCAUUCUUGAUUUACAUAAAAAGUUAGUCAGAGCUAAACGAAACUUGCUGGAGAAGGACGAAUUGAUCAAAUCUUUACGAUUGACCAUUCAUAAGCAACAACAAGAUUAUGAAUCACUGAGUGAUAAUUAUGAUGACGAUGAUAAUGAAAAGAUAGAAAGAUUGUUAUCUCCUUCAACCAUUCCUAAUACAGGCUCUGAAUUGAGUUUGUCUCCUCCAACAACAAGUACUAAUCAAUCAAUUAGUUUACAUUCUUCCAAUUCUCCAACUCCCUCAUCACCAUUUGUCAAUAGUGGAGUGCAGAGUUUUAAAAAGAAGAUUGUAAUUAGAAAAUCGAGUAAAGCACCAACAGCUGAUUCUAGUCCAGUAACAACAAAUGAUAAUCAAUCAACAACUCCAACGGAAGAGGUAAAGAGACCAGUUUUUAGAAAAUCAAGUCUCUCUGAAGGUACUUCAUCAACAACAACAACAACAGCAGCAGAAGAUGUCAUGUUGAGUUCACCAAGAUUGGAAUUGAUAGGAACACCAAGAGGAUUGAGAGAAAGGCUAGGAUCCUCAUCUGCUACAUCAUCUGUUUCAUCACCUGGUGAUAUUACUCAAUUAACUGAUGAAGAUAUUAAAACCCUUUCUAAUAGAAGAAAGAGAAAUAAUCAAUUAUUUAUUGACAGCCCAAAUGUGGACUCAAAAGUCAUUGAUAUAUCAAAUAAUUUACUGUCAGACUAUGAUGAUAUUACAAAUAAUCAAUUGUAUGGCUUGCAAGAGGUUGAAUCAUUCUUCUUCAAAGGAAUAUAUCCUGAUGUGGAUCCAAUUUAUGAGAAGUAUGAUUUUCAGGAGGCUCAAAUAUUGGCAACUUUGGAUUUUGACUUGGAAUCUGCCUCUUCUUCACUCAUUCUAACAGCUAGCGAUCUUUCAAAGAAGGCCAGAAUUUCAAAGAAUAGAAAUAAUACAAUUUCAAAGACUGAUACCACAAAUGACUCGAACCAACCAUCCUCUUCAGUGGCACCAACAUUACAACCAUUUGAAAAUUAUUUCAUUUGUCUUAAGGAGAAAUGUCUGGAGCCACUGUUUAAAUCUGACAAUUUGGAUAAGUAUGUUGGAUUUAAUGAGGAGGAAUCACCAUCUAAUAUUGUGAGAGAUCCUACGUCGAAUGUUGUAAGAGCUGCUACCCUUGAUAAGUUGAUAGUGUUACUGACUUCUAAUGAAGAAUUUGAGAAUGAGUACAUGUACCUCUUCUUAUUGACCUACAGAUCUUUUACAACACCAAUGGAUUUAUUGGAAAAGUUAAUUCUCCGAUUCAAUACGCCACCACCUCAAGAGUGUUUAUCACUGGAAAGGGAUAAUAAGAUGGAAGAAAUGGAAGCUACCUUCCAAAACUUUUCAUCUAAAAUUCUUACGCCUAUGCGUUUGAGAGUUGGCCAAGUGUUGAGCAAUUGGAUUCAGAAUCACUUUUAUGAUUUCCGUGAGGAUGUCGAGUUGAAAUUCAAAUUGGACAGUUUCAUUGAUGAAAUGUAUGAAAUUGGAAUGAAAACUCUAUCUAAAACUUUGAGAAAUCUCCUCCAAAGAUCUUCAAAGAGAAAGGAAACUUUCAAGGUUCAACAACUCGAAGAAGUCAAACACAGACACGAGCUGCAGGAAAAUUUGAAGACUAGUGGAAGUAAGGGAAGUGGAACACUUCUCUCACUCAAGAAAUUCAAACUUCUCAAUAGAAAUAGUGAGGAAAAUUUGAAGAAUAUACCACUAGUUCAUUUGGGAAAUAAUAGAUUAUGUCUCCAAUUGACAUUGAUCAGUUAUAGACUCUUUGAAAAAUUGCGUCCAAAAGAAUUUUUGAAUCAAAACUGGAUGAAAGAAACCAGAAGUAAGAAGGCACCAAAUAUUUAUGCCAUGAUUAAUAGAUCCAAUGAAAUCGGAAUGUGGGUAGCAACAGAUAUACUUUCCUAUGAAGAUGUCAAAGAAAGAGCCUAUGUUUUGAAACAAUUCAUCAAGAUUGCAUCAGAAUGUGAAAAGAUUAGAAAUUACAAUACCAUGUAUGAUAUUGUAGCAGGAUUGAAUUCAAAUCCAAUUCACAGACUUAAAAAGACGUGGGAUCUCAUUCCUGAAAAGUGGAAGACUAGAUUCCAAGAACUUCUCGAAUUGACCAACCCAAAGAAGAGUUAUCAUGCCAUGAGAGAGGCACUCUCCAACAAUGCAGAUAAGACUGUUCUACCAUAUAUCGGCAUGUUUUUGACGGAUUUGUUAUUCAUUGAGGAAGGAAAUACUGACUUUACAAAGGAAGGAAAUCUCAUUAACUUUUCAAAGAGAAGACUCUUAGGUCAACUCAUUCGUCAAAUUCAAACCUAUCAACAAGGUUUCUAUCAAAUUGAAAUUAUUCCACUCCUUCACCAGAGAUUGAACCAUCUCAUUUAUAGACCUAUGGACGAAUUGUAUGAAAUUAGUUGUAAACUCGAAGUUCCACCACAAGUAACGAAAAAGAAGAAGAAAGUCAUUGUAUAUGAUGAAGAUGACAGCUCUACCACCUCCUCAGCAGCAGUCUCUUCAACUGCAACAACAGCUGUAUCAACAACCAACGAUCAAUCUCCAGAGGACUCCAAUGUAUUGUCCAACUCGAAUCUUUCACCUAACAACAACUCAGACUACCUCACUAAAAAACGAACUUCCUCUGCUAUCUCCUUAGACAGCCAAACAAGUAAUUCUGAAGAAAUGUCUGAAAGUUUUGAUGAAUCAUCACACGAACUUCAUAUUACAGAUAUUUAG